AUGCCCUCCGACCCUUGCGAGGCGUUCGAGAAGUCGGCCGUGUCGCUGACGCCAUCUGGGAGCGACGCCAGCGCCUCGAGGGAGGACGACGGGGACCAAGCGACGAUUUCGGUGACGCUGCUCCCGGACAAGCGCAGCGCCGAAGUGGCCCUGGAAGGUUCGUUUCGGGGCUACGUAAUUCAAGCGAGAAAAAGUAAUGAGCAUGGUUCUCUGGUGCUCGGAGAGUUCGCGGCCGGCGGAUUUGACGACAGCGCCCGGACCCACUCCUGCCGAGAUCACGAGAACGUUGUUAUUUCCGGCAAAAGCGAUUCGGAGAAAGUGACAGCCACUUGGCAGGCACCAGUCAACUGGAAGGGUGCGGUCGUCUUCCGGGCGCUGGUUUUGGGAAAGCAGGAAGGGACGCCUCGCUACGUUGUCUCCGAUCGCGUCGUUCUGGGAAAAGCACCGAGUAGGCUGCAGGCGGCCGCGAGUCUUCGCAACGCGGGGCCCUCGCCAGCUCACCAGCCGCCGAGAACGACGGACUCCCCGGUAUCGCCCGAGGAGGUCGAUGACGAUGAGGCCAAGAAGUCGCUGCAGAAAGACGAAGGGCAGAACGGCGACGACGGUGGGAACGAUGAGGCAAACUCCCAGACCGAAGAGACUCCCCUGAUACCUCGCCCACCCAGCUCACCGUUUGUUGACUGCCCCGACCGCCGCCAGGACCCUCGUGGGACUGUCCUUGAGGGCGGAGGCGAGGAAGAAGAUCAGGGAUGCGGUGUGAGCAAAGGCUGCUUCGGCUUUCCCGAUGGCUGCAUCGAAAAUGGGGACUGUAAGGUGCAGGUCACCUACGUAGCUGAGGAGGACGGCUACCACUUCGAACUUACCGGCCCUGCCCAGGAGGCGCAGAUUUGGAUAGCCGUGGGCAUCUCCGAGACCAGCAAAAUGGAAUUAACGAGCGUGGUGGAGUGCCUCCUCCUUGACGGAGACAACACUUUGCUUCGCGAGUCUUGGAACUCCGAAGGAACGACAAACAAAGUCGUGGAGAAGACAACUGAAGGCAUAACUCUCGGCAGCCACGGGGUGGUUGACGGCACGCUCAAGUGCACUUGGGUGAGGAAGCCAGUGACCACCGUCAACGGGGUGACCUUCGACCUGGCCAAGACGAAGUACUUUGUUCUCCUCGCAACCGGGAAAGUUGUUCCGCCGGAUGGACCAUUGAAGUGA